UGCAAAGCAGCACACUUACCACGCGACGGUUAUCACCUGAACGGCUCUCCACCUCUUCCGUCGUCGAAGCACCAACAACACCAUCUUUUCAUCACCGCUAAUAACACAACCGGCUCCGCCCUGUUUGACGCUCGACCAGGUUCGCCGCGCAAAAGCGCAGCGUUUGAUUGCGCAAGUCCGGCGAAAGCCACAUGCUCCGAGAUACAAAUACCAGCCACAGAAGGAAAUUUAGCAGUAUCCGACAUCAGAUCAGACCAGAAAUCCUGCAUGUCUGAAGAUCGAUUCGUCCGCGCCCAAAAAUAUUUCACAAGUCUCCUGGCGAUAAAGGACCUACGUCGAGGCUGAUACUAUCUAAACCGAUGGACCCCCAUCGCGGUUGGUCGCAUCAGCCUGCUGGUGGGCCGGAGCAGCGUGCUGGCGCAUUCGGAUCGAAUGUACCGCCUCACCCGAAUCAGCACUCGCCGCCAACCACUGCUAGUGGUUCUUCCCACCCGGGCGCGUCAUACUCAUCAUACCAUCCCUCCCAGCAUAGCCUUGCCAACUUGGCAGGUAUCAGCCAGUCGUCCCCACGACAAGGUCAGAUCCCUCGCCCUGAUAUGCAGUCUCUACAUCCUCCUGGAACGGGUUAUACUCUUCCAGGUAUUGGCCAAGACCGAGACCGGGAUCGAGCGCGUGAGCUCGAGCACCUACACAUGCAGGAAGAGGAGGAGCGAAGACAUCGAGAAGAGAGACAGCGGGUCGAGCAAGGGGCACAAAUGCAGGCGCAGCAAGGCCCUCCCACUCACAUCCAUCAGCCUGUGGCUGUCGGGCCACGUACUGUUCAUGGUCCUAACGGUUUGCUCGGCAACCCGGGUAUGACAGGUCCGCUUUCGCAUUCGCAAAUCGGUGCUCCUUCAGCACCAGUGCCUGGAUAUGGCAAUGGUCCGCUUCCAGGGCAUCCGAUGCCCAGUUUACAGCAUGGACAACCAUCUCUAUCCGGGUCAUAUAGCUCCAAUUCUCAAGCGCAACCUGCGUCGCAACCCCAGCCACAACCACAGCAGCCCAUUUUGAAUGACGCUUUGAGCUAUUUGGAUCAGGUGAAAGUACAGUUUGCGAACGAGCCGAACGUGUACAACAAUUUUUUGGACAUCAUGAAGGACUUCAAGUCAGGGCAAAUUGACACGCCAGGCGUCAUCAACCGAGUGAGCACUUUGUUUGCUGGCAAUCCGGACCUCAUUCAAGGCUUCAACACGUUCCUCCCUCCAGGUUACCGCAUCGAGUGCGGUGCUGGGGAUGACCCGAACACCAUUCGCGUGACAACUCCCAUGGGAACUACCAACUUUACCAUGCCACCCGUUCCGGUCCGUGGAUCAAUGACUUUAGAUGUCCAGGAGCGACCUUCGAAUGGUUCAUAUACACCACAACCGGCACCGCAAGCAGCAGGGAUUUUGUACAGCCCAAGCGGCCGGCCAGUGGCUGCCGGACAACCUCAAGGCUUUAUGCCCACACCAGAUGCUCUCCGGCAAGCAGAGACUCUCGGUCAAUCCGAACAACGCGUUGCAAACUCACUACAGAAUGCGGUGUCUGCUGCUUCUACUGGGGCGCCUCCUCGUGCUGGCAUGUCGCCACAUCCGCCACCUUUGAACGUGCAAGAGUCCGCCGCUGGUUCUUCGCUAGACGCCCAAGCUCAAGGACAGUCUGGCGCGGAACGUCGCGGCCCUGUCGAGUUUAACCAUGCCAUAAGCUAUGUCAAUAAAAUCAAAACACGCUUCGCUGCACACCCGGACAUUUACAAGCAAUUUUUGGAAAUCCUGCAAACUUAUCAGCGCGAAUCAAAACCCAUCCAAGACGUCUACACUCAAGUAACACAUUUGUUCAAGACAGCUCCAGAUCUUCUUGAUGAUUUCAAACAAUUUUUGCCGGAGUCUGCGGCUCAAGCCAAAGCUGCUGAACGCGCACGCCUGGCUGAGGAGAAUCUUCCUAUUUCCAACGUGCGCGGUGAUCCCGCACCAGCAUAUGGCAGCCCGGUUAUGUCUCGUGAGCCUCAUGUCGGCACCCCAGUCCAUCGAGGCGGCCUUCCACCGGUUGGAAAUUUUGCACCUACAUCUGUCUCGAAAGACAAUAAGCGCAAGCGUGUUGAUCGCCCCGACCCUGGCGCUACCCCAGAUGUUGGUCCCGGACCCAGCGCAAGCAAGGUUUUGCCCACUGGACAAUCUGGGAAACGCACAAAGACCAUUCACAGUGCUCCGAAAGUGUCCAGCGAGGUCGCAACAUCGCCUACAUUGGUGCCGGCUUUGCCAAUGCCGAUUGAGCCCACAACGACAUCGGCUGCUACGAGCGAAGAGCUGGCCUUCUUUGACAAGGCUAAAAAGGUCAUCAGUAACAAGAAUGUCAUGAAUGAGUUUCUCAAGCUGUGCAACCUGUUUGCGCAAGAUCUCAUCGAUCGAUCAACAUUGAUGCAUCGUGCACGAACUUUCCUCGGCGCCAGCCCUGAUCUGCUGAAGUGGUUUUCUGAAUGGGUCGGCUAUGAUGAACGUGACAUACUAGUCGAGAAUAAGCCACGAAUCCCUCCUGGAAGGGUGACGCUGAGCAAUUGCCGGGGUCUUGGUCCGAGUUACCGUCUCCUGCCCAAGCGAGAGCGCCAAAAAGUUUGCAGUGGUCGCGACGAGCUUUGUAAUCAGGUCCUCAACGACGAAUGGGCUUCGCAUCCUACAUGGGCGUCUGAGGACUCCGGUUUCAUCGCUCAUCGCAAGAACGUCCACGAGGAGGGCCUGCACCGUAUCGAAGAAGAGCGCCAUGACUAUGAUUACAACAUUGAGGCGUGCAGCCGUACGAUCCAGCUGCUUGAACCUAUCGCUACUCAACUCCGACGCAUGGAUGAUGCUGCUGUUCACAAAUACAAGCUUCCGCCGAAUCUUGGUGGACAAAGCGAAAUGAUAUACAAGCGUGUGAUCAUGAAGCUGUACGGACGAGAGAAGGGCCAAGAAGUGAUCGAAUCAUUACAUCAUCGGCCGUACCAAGUCAUUCCCGUUCUGUUGAAUAGACUGAAGGAACGGCUCGAAACCUGGAAGAUAGCUCAACGUGAGUGGGAAAAGAUCUGGCGUGAACAGACACAAAAGAUGUUCUGGAAAUCUUUGGACCAUCAAGCUGUUUCAUUAAGACUGAGUGAGCGCCGGCAGUUCCAGACCAAGACGCUGCAGAGUGAGAUCCAGGUCAAAUACGAAGAGAUGAAGCGCGCCAACAACGCGACCCCGGGAGUUCUACGCAACCCGCAAAUGGAGUUUGUCGUGGAGGAUGCCGACGUUGUGGUGGACGCUACAUACCUUAUCUUGCGACACAUUGAUGAGGCAUUCUCGACAGAUCACCCGCGAUUAUCCGGCUUUGUCCGCGAUUUCAUUGCAUUGUUCUUUGGUCUGCAUACGGAUCUCUUCCGCGAGAGGAUAGAGGAAAAGUUGAACCGUUCGCCGCAGAACGAAUCCGUAGAUGACGUCGUGUCUGGUGGAGAAGAAACCUCUUCGGCCAAGACUCAAAAGGCUCCGCUCAAGACCGGGAACUUGCUACGUGCAGCUCUAGGCCGUGGUAGGAAAGCCGGGCGCCGAGAGCGCGAGGAAAGUCAUGCAUCCGGCAGUCGCGCGACGACCCCUGAGGUCUCCUCCAACGCUGACGACGAUAUGGUCGUCGACGGUCAAGACGAUUCUGAGCUCCUACAGAAUUCCAACCCUUCCCGAUGGCUAGACCACCCCACUACCGGAAACAGGCAUGGAGCACAAGAUGUCAACCCUCAUGAACCUCAGAAACGAGAGUCAUACCGCUUUUGGGCCAACACCACAAUCUACUGCUUCCUUCGAUUGUUCAUCACCUUUUACGAACGCCUUCUGAAGCUCAAACUCGCCGAGGCGAGCGUACGCGAGACGGUGCUCAAUGGACAGAUGGCGAAGCCGGCAGUAGAGUUGGGCAUCGUGGACAAAGUGCCUCUGGAUUUCUUCGAGGAUACACGCCCUGAUGCAGACUACUACGCUCAGAUGCUAAACAAGUUCGACUCGUGCUUGCAGGGAGGUGUCGAGUUUGCAGAGAUUGAAGAUUGUCUGCGUCGGUUCUACCUGCAAUCCGGCUACACUCUCUAUGGCUUUGAAAAGCUCGUGGCCACACUGGCCCGCACCGCGGUGCAGGUCAUGAACAGCGAGGCCAAAGACAAGUCAGCCGACAUCUUUCAGGCUUUUAAGAAAGACCGUAUCAAGCCUUUGGUCACGGCACAGCAACAGACGGAUUAUCGCAAAGCCGUUGAAAAGAUGAUCAAGGACGCAGAGCUUUAUCGGAUUGACUUUGAGCCGGCUUCAAGUAAAGUCAAAAUAUACCUUGCCAAGAAGGACAUACUCAUCAGCGACGAGAUCGAUGCGGAGAACCGCUGGCGCUAUUACAUUGCGUCAUACACUUCACUCGAUGACACAGACGGCGUCGACGUGACUCGCACCAAGACAGUAUUUCUGCCGAGCACCCAUGGGAUCAGUCCUGGAUCCGACGCCGCAUUACCCAGUCAGGAGGAAAUUGUAGCUGAGCGGAACCGCAUGUUCGAUGUGAAGAACGAGGAGAAACUCAACAUUCGCAUCGCGGUCAACAACUAUCGUGCCUUCUUCCAGAUCGGCACGCAAGAAGGCUUCCAUGCACUGCCAGCAGAACGCGCCAACGACAUCGAGUCGGCAAAACAAGCCCUGGCGUAUCAUGAGAAUUUCAUCAGGGAGAAAUACAUCAUCAAUGCUAGUGGCAUAGAAGGGCUGGGUGACGCAGAACUAGCAAGUAACAAUGCUGCGUUCGACGCAUUGAUUGGAGGCCAACCCGAAACUGCUGGGGGCACAGGAUCCCAAGGUGGAGAAAUGGAGGUUGAUGGUUGACUUUAGGAGAUUGCUUGCUUUACGCGCCUUUCUUGGUUCUCUUGUAUUCCUUCACUUUUACGCCCCUGUAUGAGAAGCUGCUUGCGGGAGCGUCAUAUUGCUUUGUUUUUGACUGCUCUCGCUAGUAUCGCUGAUAUUUUUUGUAUGAAGAAACACAGUACAUCCGAUAUGCAGACUCGUUGCUGAUGUAGACACGCUGAAUC